AAAAAAGACAGGCACAACAAAAAAGUCACUUUUUUUUCAAUUUGUCAUUAAGACACCAAUGAAUUCACUUUUAUUUAUGAGUUGAAACAAAAUAAAAAGGUUGAUAAUUCCUUCAUUAAUUCAUAUUUCUAUUACAAUUAUCUCUAUUUAACUAAAGAGAAAAGAGAAAAAACAUCAUUCCCUUUGAAUAUUUAACUAUAUUUAAUUAUAUUUACUGUUUUUUUACCUUUUAUCUCUCUCCCUUAAGUUUUGCUAAAAAUAAUUAAAAAUUAGUUAUUUAAUGCAAAGUAUACUCUAAAUCACUUUAUUUUCUAAUAUUCUUAUUGCAUCCUAUAACAUACUAUAAUAUCUUAUAAUAAUAAUGAGCUCUCCUGUUGAAGUUGGUCAAUCCAACAGCUCUAUAGAGAAAAAAGACAUUGGACAUGAAGAAUCCAACAUUGGCGAUACAUCAGAUUCUGAAGAAAUCAGAAAAGUCAUUGAAAUCAAUGGUUUUGUAGAAAAAUUCAAUCCUGAAUUGGGUAAUGGUACUAAAAGAGGUUUAACCUAUAGACAAGUCAUGUUGAUGGUCAUUGGUAGUUGUAUUGGUUCUUCCCUAUUUAUCAGUUUGUCGGUUCCUUUGGUUAGAUAUGGUUCUUUAGCUCUAUUCAUUGCUUUUGUCUUUUGGGCCUUUGUCGUCAUCUGGCCUUUAAUGCAAGCUGCUUGUGAAAUGGCUUCUUGGUUGCCAAUCAAAGGUUCUUUCUUCCACUUUGUUGCCAGAUUUAUUGAUCCUGCUUUAGCUUUCCCAGUUGGUGUUAUGUAUUGUUACUCCACUGCUAUCUACGUCUGUGUUGAGUUGGUUGGUUUUGCUUCUCUUAUCAACUACUGGCCCUCCACAAAUGUUCCCAUCUGGUCUUUUAUUCUCUUGGGUUUGGGUUUAAACACCAUUGUCAACAUGAUGGCUGUUAAUUGGUUUGGUGAAAUUGAGUUUUUUGCUUCUAUGUUUAAGAUUUUAUUAAUCAUUGGUUUAAUGAUCUUCUCCUUCCUUAGUAUGUGUGGUGCUAACCCUAAAAAAGAUGCCUAUGGUUUUGAACAUUGGAGUCAAGGUGGUCUUUGGAAAACUGUUUACAAGACUGGUGAUACUGGUAGAUUCUUAGCCUUCUGGAAUGUCUUUGUCUAUUCUGCUUUCUCUUCUGGUGGUCCAGAGGCCAUCUUAAUCUUUGCUGGUGAAAUCAGACGUCCAAGAAGAUCUGUUCCUUUAGCUGGUAAAACUGCCUUCUUUAGAAUCUAUCUUUUCUACAUUGGUGGUAUUUUCUUCAUGAACACUUUAUGUGCCUCCAACAAUCCAUCCUUAUUACAGGCCAUGGGUGAAGGUAAAGUUGGUGCCGGUGCUUCCCCAUGGGUUAUUGGUAUCAAAACUGUUGGUGUUAGUGGUUUCUCUUCUCUAAUCAAUGCUAUCAUCAUGACCUCUCUUUGGUCCUGUGGUAAUGCUGCAACUUAUUGUUCUACCAGAGGUAUUUAUGCCAUGUCCUUAGCUGGUUACUUUCCAAGAUUUUUCAGCAAAUGUCUUAAAAAUGGUUGUCCACUUUUUGCUUUAUUACUUGCUGACUGUUUUGCUCUUCUUUCAUUUUUAGCUACAAGCAAUGAUUCUUUGACUGUUUAUACUUGGUUUAUCAGUAUUUGUUCUUCUUCAGUCUUAUUGGUUCAUUCAGCUAUCUUCCUUGCUCAUAUUCGUUUCAGAGCUGCAAUGAAAGUCCAAGGUUUGACUAACCCAUAUUAUGAAACUCCAUUUAAUGUUCAACCUUAUACUUCCUAUGUUGGUAUGUUCAUGUGUCUUUUAUGUUCUGUUUUCAAUGGUUAUUGGAUUUUCAUUGAUGGCGAAUUCCUGGUUUCCAGUUUAUUCACAUACUAUUUCUCUCCUGUUUUCUUUGGUCUCACAUAUCUUUUCUGGAAAAUAUGGAAGAAAACUUCAAUUAUUCCAUUAGCAGAAGUGGAUUUGUUGACUGGUAAAAAGGCCAUUGACAGAGAAGAACAAAUGGAAAUAGAUGCUGAUGAGGCUGCUGCUGCUGAAAAUAAAGAUAGUAAGGGUGUCUUCAUAGGAAAGAAGAUCUUGAAAGCUAUUGCUGUCUUCCUUUAUAGUAGUAAAAAAGGUGACCUCAAAUAAGCUUAUACUUAUACUUUUUCCUUUUUAAGCUUCAAUUCAUGAUUGUGAUUUUUUUCGUUAUAGUUUUAUUUUUUUUUUCAG